CGUAACAUCCUCGGACUCGCUAGUCAACAGCUUUUCUACAACUUCAAUGCGCACUCGUUUGGCAAACUUUUGACAAUGAUAGACGGCAGCCCUAUGGGUUCAGUUGAGCCACGACUAAGUGCUUCCUCGCAUGCUGGAAUAUCUCCUAUACCCCAAGGAGUAGCGCAUUGCGAUAACAAUGGCACAAAAGAGGCCUCCACAAGCGUCUACGUUGCGGGUGAAGUAGGCGUUGAUAACGAGGCCACUGUUAGACAACCGACGACGAAAAAGCCGAUCAAUUUCUACCUCGCCUUUUUCGCUAUCAACAUUGCUUGCUUCAUUUUCUCUCUCGACUCUACCAGUCUUUCGGUAGCAAUUCCCUCCAUUGCUGAGCAGCUCCAUGGCACAACGCUUCAGUCUUUCUGGGCUGGCAUCGCCUUUCUUCUUGCGACCGUCAUCACACAGCCGUUGUAUACGAGCAUGUCUGACUUAUAUGGCCGCAAACCUCUUUUCCAAAUUGCAUUUUUCUUAUUCACCGUUGGAUCUAUUGUCUUUGGGCUCGCACCCAAUAUGCCUGCCAUAAUCAGUGGGCGGUUGAUACAAGGUUUAGGAGGCGGAGGCAUGGAUGUUCUUAGCGAGAUCAUUGUGGCUGAUAUGGUUGCGCUCAAAGAUCGACCGGUUUAUCUGGGGCUCAUGGCUAUCCCUAUUGCAGUUGGGAGCAUUCUUGGCCCAUCUCUAGCUGCAGUCCUCGUCCAAUAUGCCAGUUGGAGAUGGAUUGGUUGGAUAAAUCUUCCCCUUAUUGGCGUCGCAUACCCACUUAUCCUCUUUUGCUUAAAGUUGAAACCAAUCGACAAGCCGCUGAUGCAAAGGACGAAACAAUUGGAUUGGGUAGGAAUGGCGAUUUUCACUUCAGCGUGUACACUAUUUGUGCUGCCACUUACAUGGGGAGGAACACUCUAUUCGUGGCGGUCUUGGAAGACUUUGCUCCCUUUCAUGGUGGGCGGCCUUAGUCUCAUAGUGUUUGCUUGGUAUGAAUCCAAGCCGCUGAGACCUAUCAUUCCGCAUCGCAUCUUUUAUUCACGAACUGCUUCAGUGACGCUAGUUGGAGCAAUCUUUCAUGGAAUGCUACUGUUUGCUCUCAUGCAGUAUCUCCCAUUCUUCUACCAGGCUGUAGCAGGCGAGACUCUCAUUCAUUCUGCGUUGUCACUGCUUCCUACAUCCAUUAUUUCUGUCUUGGCUGCUGGCUCAUCUGCGGCCUUGGUUGGCCCUCUCAAGGGUUAUCGAUGGGCCAUGUGGCUAUCUUGGAUCAUCUUAACCGUGGGAACAGGAUUGUUAUCUCUACUCAGCGAGUCUUCAUCCACGGCUAUGAAAUACAGUAUCCCUGUCGUGUGGGGAUAUGGUAUUGGUGCUCUCCUUCGAGUACCUCAGCUGCCUAUGCAAGCUAGCGUCUCUAGAAUCGACGAUACUGGUGUCGCUAUUGGCCUGCUUAUGUUUUGUCGCUUGCUUGGCGGCCUCACAGGACUAGCUAUCAGCUCGACCAUCUUUAGUAACGUGUUUGGGCCUUCUAUCUCCAAAAUUAUUCCCGAUCUGCCUGCCAAUCUCCAGGUACUUGGAAACGCAAACACGGCCGUCGAAUUCAUCCCGAAAUUAAGGAUAAUUGAUAUACCAUCGGAUACAUUGCUCUUAAUUCGGAAAGCAUAUUUGGAUGCUUUCAGAGCAAUCUUUUACACCAUGACUGGCCUUGGUGGCCUAGGAUUCUUGAUUUCUCUAGGCACGGAAGAAUUAUCACUCAACAAGGAGGAGCGUGGCCAACAGCAAUUUGAAGAAGGCUCAUGA